GUGUGUGUGUGUGUGUAUAGAGUAUGUGUGUAAUCUGCCUCAUCUCGUGUUGAUGUCGACUUGCUGCAACCGACUCUGGCGACCGAUAUACGGGAUCCAAUCAAACUAAUAGGGGGUGAAAAGUCUCUCAGUUAUAACACGUCGGCUCCUGCCCUGACAUGUCCAGUCCGAGCUUCCACCGGGUCGAAACUGGAAGCCAGCCUCGACCGGACGAGUUUAAGCCUCCUCCGGAGUGCCCGGUCUUCGAGCCCAGCUGGGAAGAAUUUCGAGAUCCUUAUGCGUUUAUCAAUAAGAUCCGCCCCAUCGCUGAGAAAACGGGGAUUUGUAAAGUCCGACCACCCCCGGACUGGCAGCCUCCAUUUGCUUGUGAUGUUGACAAACUGCAUUUUGUUCCUCGUAUUCAGAGGCUCAAUGAGCUGGAGGCACAAACCAGAGUCAAGCUCAACUUCUUGGACAAGAUUGCCAAAUUUUGGGAUCUGCAGGGAUGUUCCCUGAAGAUUCCUCAUGUAGAGCGGAAGAUUCUGGAUCUGUAUAAGCUGUAUAAGCUGGUAGCAGAUGAGGGGGGAUUCGAAAUUGUCUGCCAGGAUCGGCGAUGGACCAAGAUUGCUCUGCAGAUGGGCUACUCACCCGGCAAAGCCAUCGGGUCGCACCUGCGGGGGCACUAUGAGAGGAUCCUCUAUCCCUACACCCUGUUUCAGAACGGCGCCAACCUACUGGCACCAGAUCUGGCUUCCAAACUGAUGCGUUUGGAGGCUGAUCCUGAACUUGAACAGUGCGUUCAGAAGCCUGUCCCACAAGAGGAGACUGUCGACAACAAGGAGCACAAGCUGCAGGAACAGGCUCAGAGGCUGCCCCCCCCCAUGACUGACACUUGCCCCAGUGCGCGCCGAGCCAAGCGCAUGAAGUGUGAGAUCACCUGUGUGAAGACGGAACCAGGUGAGGCCGGGGAAAACAAACCCAAUUUGAGGCGUAGGAUGGGCUCUUUUGUCGCCAAACCAGAACCAGAAAAAGAGAUUCCUAUCUCAGUGAAGCAGGAACCGCUGGAAAGUAAAGAACCAAUCAGUGAAGAUGACAAAUCCAAGUCACGGUACAAGAAGAUGAUCCCCCUGGUUACUUCAAAUCCAGUGGAUCUGGUUGUGUGUCUGGUUUGUGCCAGUGGGGGAGACGAGGACCGCCUGUUGCUGUGUGACGGCUGUGACGACAGCUACCACACCUACUGUCUGAUUCCCCCCCUCCACGACGUUCCCAGAGGAGACUGGAGGUGCCCCAAGUGUCUGGCUCAGGAGUGCAGCAAACCUCAUGAGGCGUUUGGGUUCGAACAAGCCUCCAGAGAUUACUCCCUCCGAGCUUUUGGACAAAUGGCUGAUGCAUUCAAAUCAGAUUAUUUUAAUAUGCCAGUUCAUAUGGUACCCACAGAGCUGGUGGAGAAAGAGUUUUGGCGUCUGGUUGGAGCCAUCGAUGAGGACGUUACCGUUGAAUAUGGAGCAGAUAUUGCCUCGAAGGAGUUUGGGAGUGGAUUCCCCAUUCCCAACGGGAAAUUUAAGGUUUCCCCAGCAGAUGAGAAAUACCUCAAAUGUGGCUGGAACCUCAACAACCUGGCAAUGAUGAACCCGUCUGUGUUGACUCACGUAACGGCUGACAUCUGUGGGAUGACACUGCCGUGGCUUUAUGUGGGCAUGUGCUUUUCCUCCUUCUGCUGGCACAUCGAGGAUCACUGGAGCUACUCCAUCAACUACCUGCACUGGGGGGAACCCAAAACCUGGUACGGAGCGCCUGGUUUUGCUGCAGAGCAGCUGGAGAGUGUGAUGAAGAAACUGGCUCCAGAGCUGUUCGAGUCCCAGCCUGACCUGCUGCACCAGCUGGUCACCAUCAUGAACCCCAACACCCUGAUGGCCUACGGAGUCCCAAUUUACAGAACAAACCAGUGUGCUGGAGAGUUUGUCAUCACGUUUCCUAGAGCGUAUCACAGCGGCUUCAACCAAGGCUUUAACUUUGCCGAGGCGGUCAACUUCUGCACUGUAGACUGGAUGCCACUUGGCCGACAGUGUGUGGACCACUACCGCAUGCUGCACCGCUACAACGUGUUCUCCCACGAUGAGAUGGUUUGCAACAUGGCCGCCAAAGCAGACACGCUCAACAUGGUCCUGGCCUCAGCCGUCCACAAAGACAUGGUCUUCAUGAUCCAAGAGGAGCGGGAACUGAGAGAGAAAGCGAAGAAAAUGGGCGUCUUGGACUUCAAAGAGGCAAAGUACGAUCACCUCCAGGAUGACGAGCGGCAGUGUGCCAAGUGCAGGACCACCUGCUACCUUUCUGCCAUCACCUGCCCCUGCAGCCCUGGAGUUCUGGUCUGUUUGUACCACAUCGGUGACCUCUGCAGCUGCCCCGUCACCAACUACACACUCAAUUACAGAUACACGCUGGAUGAGCUGUACCCCAUGAUGAGUGCUGUCAAGCAGAGAGCUGAGCUGUACGAUGAAUGGGCCUGUCGUGUGACAGAGACUCUGGAAGCUAAGCUAGAAAAGAAGAAAGGCCUGCCCGUCUUUCGCUCUUUACUCUCUGAGUCCGAGUCCAAGCUGUUCCCUGACAACGACCUGCGGCGGCGGUUGCGUCUCGUCACACAGGAUGCAGAGAAGUGCGCCUCAGUGGCUCAACAGCUGCUAAACGGCAAGAAACAGACCAGGUAUCGAUGUGGAAGUGGGAAGUCACGCAGCCAGUUGACUGUGGAGGAGCUCAGUUCCUUUGUGAGGCAGCUGUAUAACCUGUGCUGCAGCCUCCCUCAGGCCCCCAUGCUGAAGGAACUCUUGAAUCGCAUCGAAGACUUCCAGCAGCACAGCGAGAAGGUCUUGGCAGAGGAAUCUCUCAGCGUGGCCGAGAUCCAGAGCCUGUUAGACGUCAGCUUCGACUUUGACGUGGAUCUGCCAGAGCUGCCCAAACUCAGAGUGAGGCUGGAGCAGGCGCGGUGGCUGGAGGCGGUGCAGCAGGCCGCCACCCAGCCCGCCACCCUCACUCUGGAGACCAUGAGGAUGCUCAUUGACCAGGGAGUGGGCCUGGCACCCCACUCGUCUGUGGAAAAAGCCAUGGCACGUCUUCAGGAGCAGCUCACCAUGUCAGAGCACUGGGAGGACAAAGCGAGCAGCCUCCUUAAGGCGAGACCCCCCCACUCCAUAGAGACUCUUAGCGCUGCUGCUGAAAAAGCAUCUGGAAUCCCCGCCUACCUCCCAAACUGUCUCCUCCUGAAGGACACCAUCAGAAAAGCCAGCGAGUGGCUUCAGGAGGCCGACGAGCUUCAGACCAGUGGCUGUGUGCUGAUGGUGGACAGCCUCUCUGACAUGGUGUUACGGGGACAAGCCAUUCAGGUCCACCUGGAGCCUUUGGACCAGCUGGAGACUUUGUUGGUAGCUGUGCAGGAGUGGAAGGAAUCUGCUGCAGCCGCUUUCCUUCAGAAGGACUUAACCAAGAACUUACUGGAGGUUCUGUGUCCCCGGCUUGAGGCUGCAGGUCUUUUCAAGAGGAAGGCCAGGAAAGGAAAAGACGCGAUGAAAAGUAACAAAAAGAAAACGGCGCGGCUCAACACCAUCAGCGACGUGGAGAAAAGUCUUUUGGGGACCAAAGAUCCUACCUCUGCAGUGGCGACUCUGGAGGAGCUGCGUGUGAGGGAGAUGGAAACCUUCUAUAAUCUCAGGGCAGCAAAUGAAUCAAAGCUCCUUCCCACAGCAGACUGUAUGGACCUGAAGGUGUGCUUCUGCCAGAAGGCUCCCAUGGGCGCCAUGCUGCAGUGUGAGCUCUGCAGGGACGCCUUCCACAGCGUUUGCGUCAGGGACUCGUCGGGCUCCUGCGACACCCAGCCGUGGCUCUGCCCGCACUGCCAGCGCUCAGAGAAGCUUCCGCUCAGCAAAGUGCUCUCUCUGCUGGAAUCCCUACAGCGCAUUGGGGUGCGCCUGCCAGAAGGCGAUGCACUUGGAUAUCUGGUGGAGAGGACACACAACUGGCAGGAGCGAGCGCAGCAGGUCUUGUGUAAGCUACCAGAGCUGGAGGAGAGGCCUAGAACUCCUCCCACUCUAACCCAUUGGGUGUCAGGCUGUGAAAACGAUCCCAAAAACACUCAGGCUCCUUCUUUGACUCCAGAGUGGAACAGGACAAGCCAUGCUCAGACCGUCUUCUACACGGAGCAGAGAUGCAUCCCCCUGCAGGGCCUGAGCCCAGAGCUGGAGGGUUUGAUGGUGGAAGGGCUGCUGCUGCAGGUGUGCCUGCCCCAAGUCCAGAGCCUCUAUCAUUUUUUACUGGACAGAGCCAGCAGCCAGCAAGCCAAGAGAUGCAGAUCGCCCCUCCUGGAGGAACCCACGGACCGCGACAAACACAUGCAGUUUAUCUCUCAGGGAACAAACGUGUCGCUCAACCAGGAUGGUACCGGCAGCUCCAAAGAAGCUGGUUCUGAGAGGAAAAUAAAGAGGCAUCUGGAGAAGGAGGGUUUGGAUGCAGAACACAGGGGGAAGGACAGAAAGCACUCUCACAAAAGACAGAAGAUGACUAAAAAGAAGUCUCAGCGCAGGUCGGCUUCAACGUCAUCCUCUCCACGCUCCGACUUCUCCCAGUCCGAGGACUCGGAUGAGGAGAUGGCUGUGUGUCCAGCGGAGGACUGUCAGUUACCAGAAGGAGACGAGGUGGACUGGGUCCAGUGUGAUGGCAGCUGCAACCAGUGGUUCCACCAGGUGUGCGUUGGGGUGACGCCGGAGAUGGCCGAGAAGGAGGACUACGUUUGUGUCACUUGUACACUGAAGGACGGACACAUGAGAAAAUGAAGAGAUGGAGGAGAAUCAGCCGUUUUUUUUAGAAAAAAAAACAUUUUAUGUUGAUGUUUCUGAAGUUUGACCGUUACUGGAGUCCCAAGCCUGGAUGUGUCACUGAUGCGUUCCCUCGUCUCCUCACACCCUGACCCGUCCCUCCAUCCAUUGUAACAACGGUGCUAUCUCCUCUUUCAAUUGUUGUCCAGAUCUACAAUGUUUAGGGUUUUUUUGUAUUUUUACAUAUAUUAUAUAUAUUUCUUCUUAUAAAUUGUUUGUGAUUGUGUAAAUGAUAAAAAAAAAGAACAAAAAUAGGAUGUAAAGUGUGCUGCAUGGGAUUUUACGUCAGCGCAAAGGAGUUUUACGCCAUAAAAUCCCAGAUUAAGAGUGAGGAGGAUUACAUUUAUUUCCGUUGGAACCUCUUUGCAUGCUCAGUCAGAGUCAUGGGGUCUGAAGUUGAGGUAUUCAUCCCCUAAAACUCUCCCCAAAGUAAAAUAUUACUUUUUUUUUAACUUCAGUGUGUAGUACAUUCAUUUUAAUAUAAGAAUUGUGGGUUUUUUUUCCUUUCCCUGUCCUUAUCUUUCUUUUCUUGUAGCAUAGGUUUAUUUAUCUGAGCAAUAACGAGUUGACUGAAGUGACUGCGUCUCAAUAGGUGUUGUAGCGAUGAUGAUGAUGAAGCUGCUCAGGUGGAUGGGCUGCAGUUCUGGUGGACGCACCGGACACACACGCUGCUGACGUGCAGACCCACAGCAUCUAACCAACGUAUGAUACAGAGGGGCGCAUUGCGGAAGUCAAAAUGUUAAGGUUAUAUCGUGGAAUAAAACCCUUUUUGUUCUAA